AUGGCUCGGAGAGUCACGCCAGGCCGGCGCUCAACUACGCCAUCCAUGACAGAGUACCUCAACGAAAAUAUUCAAACAGUCGCUGACCUACAAUCGUUGGACUCUCUUCUGGAGAGCCUUCAAAAGCAGCAGGAGCUCCAGAAACAGCAGUUACGAGAAGCGGAAGAGAUUUUAAGCAAAGCGACCGAGGCAUCGAAACAGCACACUGAAACAGUGCGAAGACGGGCCGAAGCCUUCAAUGAGCAACAAAACGACAUAGAUAGACGGCUUGUGGAAGUUACCCAGUCGAAAAGCAGUGAUGAAGCAACGCGGAAAUUCGAGGCCAGUAUGGAGAAACUUGGGAGGCUGGAAAUCGCAAAAGGAUAUAUGGAGCUGCUAGGCAGGGUGAAUCGCAUCAGCGAAGACACGUUAUCCGUGAUACAAUGGUCUCCAAAUGAUGCGUUAAGUUUAUAUUCCGAAGUAAGAGCUCUGGCUUCCUCACUGGUGUCUGUCCAGGUGGCAGCUGAAGGUGCUGCUCCUCACCUUAUAGACUACACUACUAAGCUGGUAGGAAGUCUAAAGGAUGCGCUGCAGAAGGAAUAUUCGGGUAAGCUGCGCGCUGUCCUUGAGAAAAUGAAAUGGCCUUCAAAGGAACUUCAAGUGGACGACGCUCUAGUGAGGCAAUGGGCGGACUGGUUUGAAUUAUUGCUCCGCUUGCAAGAACCAAAAUUCAUGAAUUGCAGGGACGUCAUUCCCCAAAUUGAACUGCUUCAAAACGAAGCCCAAUACCAGGAAACCCCAGCCCUACUCCCUUUAGAGGAAAUGGUGUCUCCGCUGAACCUCCGAUUCAGGUACCACUUUAGCGGCGACAAGCCAACCAAUAGGUUAGACAAACCCGAAUACUUCCUCUCACAUAUAAUCGACCUUAUCAAUACUUAUAGCGACUUUUUUAUGACGUAUCUUCAGCCCAUCCUCAAUAGACGGGCACAAGAUUGUGAUUCGCGACUUAUACCAUUUUACUCGAAUGCGAUUUUCUCCUACAUAACGGCGCUGUUGCCGAUGGCACGACACAAAAUUAACUCAACUCUCCCACAUAUUGCAAAUCACUCUCAGUUACUGAGCCAUUUUAUACAUGAAUUAAUGCAAUUUGACAACGAUGUACGCGAAAUAUGGGGCUACUCACCUGCCUUCAAAGAGGAUCGCGGUUGGAAAGGGCUAACUUGGGAAGUUCUCGUGAAGCAAGAUUGGUUCGCUCAGUGGCUCCAGGUUGAAAAAGACUUUGCUCUCUCCCGCUAUCAGGAUAUCAUCGAUGCGCCUGAUAGUGGUGAAAUUGAUUACGACGGAGUUGAAGCCACAGCAACGAAACCUACCAAGGCAGCAAUUCGUGUCAAUGACCUCCUUGAGACAAUUACAGACAGAUAUCGACCACUGUCUUCUUUUAGCCAAAAGCUUCGCUUUCUCAUUGAUAUUCAAAUUACAAUAUUCGACCUCUUUCAUGAGAGGUUACAUUCCGGACUUGAAGCCUAUCUUGCGAUGAAAUCAACAAUUGGUCGGACAGUGCAAGGCUCUUCCGCAAGCCAGGUCAGUCUGGAAGGUAUUGCGGGGCUUGAAAGGCUCUGUAGAAUAUUUGGCAGCGCCGAGUAUUUGGAAAAGAAGAUGCAAGACUGGAGUGAUGAUGUCUUUUUCCUAGAACUUUGGUAUGAGCUGCAGGAUCGUGUCGACCAAAAUGCCCGAAGCGGCAGGCCUGUGGCGGGAUCCAUGUCCAUUUCCGACGUCGCGGCCCGCACGUCGUCGUCCAUCACGGAUAGCAAUGCCGAUCACGGUGCUGGAGGCAUUGAAGGCGCAUUGUUUGAUGAAACUUCCUCAGCGUAUCGUCGCAUUAGGAUCCGAUCUGAGUCAAUUAUUGUUUCCACCUUGACAUCAAGUAUGCAAACGUCACUCAAAGCGUAUUCUCGAUCUUCUAAUUGGGCGUCAUUGGCACCUUCUUCUGACAAUGAAUCUACAAUUACACCCUCCGUCGAGCUAGCUAUGUUUACCCGGAACCUUACCGCUGAGGUCAAGUUCCUGUCGCGAGUCCUCGCUCCUGCGCCUCUAAAACGUAUUGCCAGACAGCUUCUGCUGUCAAUUCAGACGUAUCUUUGGGAUAAUAUCCUUAUGCGACAUAGCUUUUCAGCUGCCAGGGCUACUCAGUUACGGAUUGAUUUCGAGCAUACAUGUACGACUUUUGACGCAGCUCUCGGGGUACCAGCUGGUAAAAUUGAGGCGAAGAAAAUCGCCCAAAAAUUAGCAGAAGGCCUAUUGCUCUUGGAACUAAAUAUCAAUCCUAAAGAUAGCGUACGAGAGGCGGAAGAAACUGAUAAGAGAAAUGGCGAUGGCAUCCAUCCAAACUUGGGUCUUUGGGAGGUAGAGAAGGGUCUAUUUGCUAGCAAUGAAAGCGCCCGGGAAGUUCUAAAAUCUUUGGGAAUAGAAGUUUUAACGGAAGCACAGGCGAGAGCAACAUUGGAGAGGCGGGUCGAACUUCGCGGUUAA